CAGCUGAUAUGUGGCCAAAGAGGUGAAAAUACGUCGAUGAACUUGUUCUGAUGAGCUCACAGAAUUUUGCAAAACGUCAACAACAAUGGCGGAAAUAAUUGUACCAGGGCCUUUAAAUUUAAUCGAGAAUCCCUCGGUUUCUAGUCAAGAAAUAGGCGAUUGUUCAGAACCACCGCUGAAGAAAUCGAAGAUCGACGUGGCUGAAGAACAAGGGGAAGAUUUGGAGCAGAGGCUGAACGAAAUCCUGUGCUGCUCGGUCUGUCUGGACUUGCCCGUAAAUUUAGUUUAUCAGUGCGUCAAUGGACAUUUGAUGUGCGCAGGGUGCUUCACACACGUCCUUGCAGAUGCCCGGCUCAAAGAUGAACAGUCGACAUGCCCCAACUGUCGUUGUGAAAUCGGGAAGACGUUGUGCAGCCGGAACCUCGCCGUGGAGAAGACAGUGAGUGAGCUGCCGUCGCUGUGCGAGCACUGCUCCUGCAAACUACCCCGGAACGUUUUGGAGCACCACCAGCGCUCUGACUGUCCGCAAAGAACUGUCAAAUGUGCGUACCACUCCAUUGGCUGCCUGUGGCAGGGGGCCCACUGCGAGUCCAGUGAUCACGAGAAGGAGUGUGAGUUCCCUCAAAAGAGCGGGGCGGAGGUUUUGGAGACGGUCAAGGAGCUUAGCCACGGCUUUAAAGAAGAGAUCAGGGGCUACCUUAACAUUGUCAACCUGUUGUCCUUUGAGAAGAUUGCAUUUACUGAUUUGCAGCUACGUCCGUAUCGUACUGAUGAUUUCAUCACCAAGCUGUACUACGAGACGAGUCGCUUUACGUCCCUCAAUCAGCAGUGGGUGCUCAAAGCGCGCAUCAACGACAGCGAGCGCAACCCGCUGCACUCGACCAAUCGUCAUCUGACGUACCAGAUGAUUCUCAAGAGUAGAGUCAACAAUCCCGUGACCUUCCACUUCAUGAUCUUGAGCGGACCGUUCACUGAUAUCAAGGUCAAGCCGGAGGUCUAUCGCUUUGAGUUCAGCGGGGACAGGUCGGAGAGCCCGCUUCAGCUCAUGCCAUUGGUCAAUCCUGCCGAUGGGAAUAAACUAUUGGCUGCAAAGACUAUCAAUGUCAGGCUUAUAAUGUUCCAGGUGCAGAAGUAAACAAAAAAUAUCAAAAAACUAAAAUGGGUGACCGUAUUUUUAACAAAUUUAAAUUUUUGUUUUUCAAACAGAGACCUUUAAAAAUUCAGGUACUUCAAGCUUUAAGUAAGUGAGAGUUUUGUUUUUGUUUUUUGAGUGAAUCAAAUUUUGUUCUUUAUGCGAUUGUGAGGAAGUUAUUACCCUAAACGAUAGCAAGAUUGACAUAAUGGUUGGGCGGUUGAGACCUUAUUUCAGCAAUGGUAACAUUAGGGGUGCUGUUUAAUUCUUAACUGUAACUAUAGCUGCGAAUAUUUGAGAUGAGGUUUUUAUCAAUUUAUUGUACAGAUAACAGAAAGAAACUGCAAUGCAAUUGAUGCCUUCUGCGUCAAGUGUAAAUUGUUUAGUGAGGUGAUACAGCCAAAAUGCCUUCCAUUGCAGCACCUUAAAAUGCCAAGAAUGGUCUUGAUUUGCUUUGAGCAGGUUCCAGUGUGCACCAUGGUUAAUAAAGGGUUACUAUUUUGACGCGAACCCAGGCUGGUCUACAAUAGACCGAUCCAGUAGGCUCCGCCCACGACGCACGUGUGAGCAAGAACACUUGGGGCUCUCCAAUGCCUUUCUGCACAACUCUGCCGCGCGUGCCAUAAUACGCGAACGCAUGUCGGACCUAAGUGUCGGACCUUCGUCGCGUUGUGAUUGGUCAAUACGCAAUGGGGUGGAGCUUAAUGGAUUGGUCUAUUGGUGGACUACUGUGGUCCCAUUUAGAACCAGCCUCGAGCCCAUGAUUUCUUUGGUGGUCCCAAUCCUGUUCCAUUCUAACAUGUGUGAAGCCCAAUAUUUUUAAAAUCCAAAACAACACAUAUUUUGUGGUUGCUUUGGAGCAAAUCUGCAUUUUGAAAACAUGAAUAAUCUGCUUUAUACUAACCCUGCCGUCGAUUUCACAAAGAGUUAGGACUCGUCUUAUCACGAGUUAGGAUUAUUCUUAAGGUCUCGUGCUAUAGUGCAGGGUUGGGACUCGUUCAAAGUCAUAAGAUUAAUCCUAAGUUAGGAAGAGUUUUGUGAAAUCGACGGCUGAUUAUCCUUAAAUUGAACAUAUCUUCCAAAUAGAGGUGUUAAUUCACUGGAUUGUUGCUGUUAAUUGACUCUGUGUUUACAAAUCUCAAUUGUUUUGUUGCAGGGUUAGUUGGGUAUAUUGUUAGGCUAAAAAUAAAUGAUUGAAUGAAUUUUUUCACUGAUCCUCAUUUGUGUUUUUCCCAACAUGGUUUAUGACCGUUUUUUUUUUUU